AUGCCAACAGAUUCUACUCCAAGCCCUGUAGCGGCUGGCGCACCAACCCGUUCGCCAACAGUCGAUGGCCCCACUACAAGCAGCCCUGUUGCUGUGGGAGCGCCUACAAGGAUGCCAACAGAUUCUACUCCAAGCCCUGUAGCAGCGGCCACCAACCCGUUCGCCAACAGUCGAUGGCCCCACUACAAGCAGCCCUGUUGCUGGGAGAGCCUACAAGAUGCCAACAGAUUCUCACCAAGCCCUGUAGCCGGCGCACCACCCGUUCGCCAACAGUCGAUGGCCCCACUACAAGCAGCCCUGUUGCUGGGAACACCUACAAGAUGCCAACAGAUUCUCACCAAGCCCUGUAGCAGCCGGCGCACCAACCCGUUCGCCAACAGUCGAUGGCCCACUACAAGCAGCCCUGUUGCUGUGGGAGCGCCUACAAGGAUGCCAACAGAUUCUACUCCAAGCCCUGUAGCGGCUGGCGCACCAACCCGUUCGCCAACAGUCGAUGGCCCCACUACAAGCAGCCCUGUUGCUGUGGGAGCGCCUACAAGGAUGCCAACAGAUUCUACUCCAAGCCCUGUAGCAGCUGGCGCACCAACCCGUUCGCCAACAGUCGAUGGCCCCACUACAAGCAGCCCUGUUGCUGCAGGAGCGCCUACAAGGAUGCCAACAGAUUCUACCCCAAGCCCUGUUGUAGCUGGUGCACCUACCCGUUCGCCAACAGUCGAUGGCCCCACUACAAGCAGCCCUGUUGCUGCAGGAGCGCCCACAAGAAAGCCUGUUGAUAUUGGUGUUCCAACGCGUACGCCAACUGAGGAAACAGAACCAACCGACACACCUUCUGGUGUCCCCACCAUCGAUCCAUUGAGCGGUUGUUCGCCAGUUGUAUCUUGUAGUCUUGUGUUCUCCAACAAUGAUGGUGUUUUGGUAUGUCUUGAACUUGGGGACUCCUUGGUAGAAGCUUGUCUUCCUGUAAGUUGGAUACAGGAAUCCCUACUGCUUGGUAGUUGUGGGCCCUGUCCAACGGAAGCUCCCUCCAGUCAGCCUACCGAAUCACCGCCAAUUGCAACUGUUCUUCCAACGGACUAUCCCAUGAGUCUCGAACCCACAGAAUUACCCACAAACCCUGUUCCUAGUACACUCCCAAGUCAGUCGCCAUCGGAUAGGGAGGAUCUAUGUGGUGAUGAUCCUGUCAUUCCUUGUGGAGAAGAUGCGAUUUACUUCUGCCUUACUGAUUUGGAAUUCGAAGAUUUGUUUGGUGAUAAGACUGUGUGCUUGCCUCUCGAUCUGCUACCAACUGCAGUCGACAAAGGGGUCGGAUACUGCGGCGAAUGUCCACCGGGGCCCACGUUGGGGCCCACAAUUGAUCCUUUGACCGGAUGUGACCCUGUUAUUCCCUGUGAAGGAUUCUUGGGUUCCAUGUUUUCAGGAGUUGAAUUUUGUCUCCAGUUUCCUGGUGAGCAGGCUACCAUUUGCCUCCCCAUCCGUUUGGUUGAGCCGUCUCUCGAAUAUGGCGAAUGUGGCACCUGCGACAACCUCUCAAGCGCGCCGACCACUGCUUUCACUUCGUCUCCUACCAUGUUCCCGUCACUGGAGGAGUGCGAGGACAUCGUACCUUGCGAUGACGGCAAAAUUAUAUACUGCAUUCAGUUGGAUUCUGGUGCCGUUGAGGUCUGCUUAUCGAUUUCCCUAGCUCCCGAGAUUGUGCCUACGUUCGGAACCUGUGGCCGCUGCCCUGAAGAGACACCAAGUCCAACUGGUUCACCAACAGUGAGUCCGACAUUCAACCCCACGGGUUUGCCAUCGACAAGUCCAUCCAAUAUUCCCAGUAUGACCCCAACUGGUGCACUGGACGGUUGUAUCGUUGAACCUCCAGCUUGUGAAAUCGAGACUCCCCGACAAGUUGGUUUGAGUGACAACAGCACUAUAGGCGAGGGCGAUAGGGUCACCUUUUGUUUUGUGUUUUUCAAUGACCGUCAGGUUGAACUUUGUGUGCUCGUUGAGAAUGUCAAAGAUUUGCUUGACCAAGGCUACUGUGGCCCCUGUGUUGAGCCGCCAAGCAUAGCCCCAACAGAAUCCCCCACUGCAGGUCCGACAUCAUCAGCACCAACAUCACUGCCAUCGGGACAACCUUCGGGACUGCAACCAUCUACAAGCGCCCCAACGAAUAUCCCGACUGCAAAUCCAACUACUCUUGCACCAUCCUCUUUUCCUUCUGGGGAUCCUUUGGCUGGUUGCGAGCCCUUCGUCCCGUGUGGUGACAAUGGAGUUGUUUUCUGUUUACAGGGGGAGGAGGAAAGAGAUAACAUUGAGAUCUGUCUACCAAUUGAUUUUGUGCAGGAUGCUCUUGGUCUUGGUUUCUGUGGAGUAUGCCCAUCUCUUACUCCCUCCAGCGUCCCCACUUUCUCGCCGACAACAACUCCCACGCAAGCUCCAACUGGGUUCCUUGAUGGCUGCGUAAUUGAACCACCCGUGUGUGUUCUGGAUCCAGAUGAUGGAGAGGAUCGUGUGUCGUUCUGCUUGGUUAUUGGAAACUCCCAGAUAGAGCUAUGUGUGCGUGUGGAGAAUGUACAAGACCUUUUAGAACGAGGAUACUGCGGCCCAUGCAUUCAACCACCAAGUGUACCGCCAACAGAGUUGCCAUCUGUAGAUCCGACCACAUCUGUACCGACAAGCCUCCCUUCUAUGCAACCAACUGGUAUUCAACCCUCCACAACAGCCCCCACAGUUCUUCCCUCGGCCACGCCAACAACCCUCAGCCCCUCAGUUGCCCCUUCUUCUGACCCUCUGCUUGGAUGUGAACCUGUUGUCCCUUGUGCAAUUGGCUCCGUCACGUUUUGUCUGCGAACUGAGCUAGGAACAGGGUACCUCGAGAUAUGCUUGCCUAUUGAAUUUGUACAGGAGCUUCUUGAGCAAGGGUCUUGCGGGGAGUGUCCAUCACCGGCCCCGUCAGUCUUACCCACAGGGGCUCCAACUACGUUGCUUCCAACAAGCCUUCCCAGCGUGACCCCCACAUUGAUACCAACCAUUGCGCCUACUGGCCCUCUUGAUGAUUGUGAUGUCAUGCCGUCAAACUGCACGGUUCCUGGCGAUGACAGCGACAGAGUUACAUUUUGUCUGACGAUCAACGACGUCCAAACUGAGCUCUGUGUUCUGGUUGAAGAUGUUCUGGAGCUGCUUACCUUGGGACUUGGAUACUGUGGACCAUGUAUUGAGCCACCCAGUCCAGCACCAACUUUUCUGCCAUCUUCUGUACCCUCGGAACCAACUACAAAUGCUCCUACGUUGGUGCCAUCCCCACGGCCUACAGGAUCUGAACCUUCUACGGAUUCGCCAACCGUUUCUCCCACGUUACUGCCAACAACGGCAUCCCCAUCAUUCACACCCACAAUCGAUCCUUUGGAUGGAUGUGCCGUUGUUGUCCCAUGCAAUAAUGAAACUGGAGUAGUAUUUUGCUUCGAAGGGAUGAUAGUCUCCAGAAACGUUGAAGUUUGUCUACCGAUUGAACUAGUGCAGGGCGCACUUGAAUUUGGGUUCUGUGGAGAGUGUCCUUCUCCAAGCCCCUCAAGCCCCCCAACAGGCCUCCCAACGGAGAUGCCAACCACUUUGACACCAACAAUCCAACCAACACAGAUUCCCACAACAUUGGUUCCUUCUUUCUCCCCAACUUUGGCACCAACUAUUGAUCCUCUGGAAAUCUGCGAAGAAGAGCCACCUCCUUGUACCCUGGAUCCAGAUGAUGGAGAGGACCGUGUGACAUUUUGUGUUCAAUUUGGUGGCCAGCAGGAGGAGGUUUGUGUGUUUGUAGGAAAUGUGGAUGAUUUGUUGGCUAUAGGUGCUGGCUACUGUGGUCGGUGCAUUGAACCUCCUAGCCCACUGCCGACAUUGGUGCCAUCAUUGAUGCCAACACCAAAGCCAAAUUCAAUUCUCCCUCCCCUGCCUUCUCUUGCACCUGCUAGUGAGCUCCCAACAUCAAGUCCUGUAGAAACGCCAUCAAGUUCUCCUACAAUUGACCCACUAACAGGUUGCAGCCCAGUAAUCCUGUGCAAUGACAAUGGGGUUGAAAAUGGUGUUGUCAUGUGCCUGAUUGGUCCAGCUCAACAGAUAGAGAUCUGCAUUCUGAUUGAGCUAGUGCAGGAAGCGCUGGAGGCUGGCUUUUGUGGUGAAUGUCCCACCACAGCCCCCACUGGUACCCCAACAGCAGAACCAACCACUUUGGAACCAACCACUUUGGCUCCUUCUUUCUCCCCAACUUUGGCACCAACUAUUGAUCCUCUGGAAAACUGUGAAGAAGAGCCACCUCCUUGUACCCUGGAUCCAGAUGAUGGAGAGGACCGUGUGGCAUUUUGUGUUCAAUUUGGUGGCCAGCAGGAGGAGCUUUGUGUGUUGGUAGGAAAUGUGGAUGAUUUGUUGGCUAUAGGUGCUGGCUACUGUGGUCCAUGCAUUGAACCUCCUAGCCCACUGCCGACAUUGGUGCCAUCUUUGCUGCCAACAACAAGUCCAAAUUCAAUUCUCCCUCCCCUGCCUUCUCUUGCACCUGCUAGUGAGCUCCCAACAUCAAGUCCUGUAGAAACGCCAUCAAGUUUCCCUACGAUUGACCCACUAACAGGUUGCAGCCCAGUAAUCCCUUGCAGUGAUGAUGGGGUUGAAAAUGGGGUUGUCAUGUGCCUGAUUGAUCCAGUUAGACAGAUAGAGAUCUGCAUGCCGAUUGAGAUAGUACAGGAAGCGCUGGAGGCUGGCUUUUGUGGUGAAUGCCCCACCACAGCCCCAACUAGUACCCCUACUGCAUUGCCGACUACAGGCUCCCCCACAGCACUUCCUACAGCUGUGCCAACCACGCUGCCAACAAUCGAUCCUCUCACAGGAUGCACCCCUGUGAUUGAUUGUACACCCUCAAACGUGCUUUAUGACGAUGGCGUUAUAUUCUGCUUGGAAGACUAUCUUCCAUCUGGACAGGACCUUGAAGUAUGUCUACCUGUUGAGUUCGUUCAGGAUGGUUUGGACCAAGGAUUCUGUGGGAUGUGUCCGACUGAGAUUCCGUCAAUCUCGCCCACGGGAGGUCCCACGAUAGGUCCAACUAUGGCUCCUGUUACUCUGUUUCCGAGCGCUUUGCCGUCGGGUUCCCCAACCACAAAUGCGCCCACCACUUUGGAGCCCACAGCCAUGGCCCCGGUUACUCUGUUUCCGAGCUCCUUGCCAUCGGUUUCCCCGACCACUUUGGAGCCUACAGCCAGUCCAACAAUUGUUCCCACCGCUGCGCCAACAGUGGACCCUCUGGAAGGAUGUGGCGACGAUCCAAUCGAGCCUUGUACAGACGAUGGAGUGACAAAUGGAAUAAUCUUUUGUUUUGAGCCAAGCAUUGUGGACUUCGAAGCAAUUUGUGUUCCAGUGAGCUUUGUCCCGAUCCUUUUGGAAGCCGGUCUGGGAGAAUGCGGACCAUGUCCAACAUUUCCUCCUUCACCAUCACCGUCCCAAGACCCAACAGGCCUUCCGUCUGUCUUGCCUACUGGAAUGCCUAGCAAUGCGCCAACAACGGCAGCACCUACAACAAAUGCGCCGAGUGCUUCCCCCUCCGCAGCACCUACGACAGCCGAACCAACCGCCUCGCCGACAACUGCAACUCCCACGAAGAGUCCUUCUGUGAAUCCCACCUCAAUGCCAACCAUCAGCCCAACAGACGCUCCAACCAUCAACCCAACAUAUGCUCCAACUCCUGGCCCGUCUACGUUUCCCACAAACGAACCAACGACAAGUCCCACAAAUGCUCCAACUCCUGCCCGUCUACUCUCCCACCUUCAAUCCAACGACAAGUCCGACAAAUGCUCCAACUCCUGGCCCGUCUAUGUCUCCCACAAACGAACCAACAACGCUCGCGCCAUCAACCCUCGCGCCAACAACACUAUCCCCAACAGUGGCCACUGGAGAACCAACAAAAACGCCAUCAGCUUUUCCGACGAGACUCCCAACCGAGAUCCCUACUGA